GUCCCGCAGCCGCAGCUAUGCCGAACACCGACCGGUCCCGAACCCCCCGUCCGGGUCAGAGGCAGCGGGCCAGGGAAAGGAUCCGGAGCCGGGCCUCCACACCCGAGGCCGCGCUCGAGAGCCAACUGCACCAGCUCUUCGAGGAGCAGCAUCUGCUCCAGAACCUCAUAAUCAGCCAUUGCCCCAUGAUAGGUCUGGGGAGAGAGGAUCUGAUACCGGAGGAUCUUGAGGGCGAGAGUCUCUACGAAGAGGAGGAAAAAAAGGAGGAGACGUCAACGAGCCUUCUGGAGAUGAUACCGAAACCUGAGACGGAGACGGAGCUAGAGCAGGAGACGGAGAAAGAGACGGAGCCAGAGCCGGAGCCAGAACCGGAGCCAGAGCAGAAGCCAGAGACGGAGCAGGAGCCGGAGCAGGAGCCAGAGCCGAACCCGAAGGCAGAGCCGGAGCAGGAGACGGAGCCGGAGCAGGAGACGGAGCCAGACCCGGAGCAGGAGCCGGAGCCGAACCCGAAGGCAGAGCCGGAGCAGGAGCCAGAGCCGGAGCCAGAGCCAGAGACGGAGCAGGAGACUGAGCCAGAGCCGGAGCAGGACCCGAAGCCAGAGCCGGAGCCAGAGCCAGAGCCAGAGACGGAGCCAGAGCCAGAGACGGAGCCGGAAACUGAUAUCGAGCAGGAACCGGAUAAUGACUUGGAGGAGUUCAAUGCAAGGGCCUUGGAGCUACAGGCUUCAAAGCGGAUGCGGCAGGUUCUGCCGACCCUGGCGGAGGACUCGCCUGCCAGCCCUCCCCGUCUGGAGGAUUUGUCCCUCACGCCGCCCUACUCCUUCAACAUUCCGGUCACUGUGGGCCGCUGCACGCCUCCCAAAUGGAUGGGCCAGGGCUUCGAUACGCCCUUCCUCUACCCGGAGUUCAUCGGCAAGACGCCCGCGUGCCGCGUCAAGUAUAUAUUCACCCUGGUGGACAGUCUGGUGCUGCAGAUGGAGCUCUUUUUGAACAUAGAGCAGGAGCACGAAGAAGAGCCAAAGCCAGUCGAGAAGUACACGGGAACUGUGCCCAAAGUCAGGUCCUUGGGUCAGAGCCAGGCUACGGUCAAGCCCCUGGCCCGGGAUCAAGGAGGCCGUGCCAGAUGGGCUGUCAAUGGGAAUCGUUCGGCUGACAGAGACUCCAAGCCGAUAAUUCAGUCUUCGAAAACAAAAUUUUUCGCAGAACCCAAAAAGUUGACUAAACGCAAGGAUACUGCCCCGCCCUUGCGAGAGACAACCUAUCUGGAACUACCAUUGGAGAUUGAUUUGGAUUGCGAGUUCGGCAUGGAACACAUCGAGAAGUUCCGUGCCAACAAGGUGCGCGAAGAAACCCCACCGGAACGAGCAUCAGAACGUGGCGAGAAUUGUGGGGAUACCCCCAAUACCGGAGAGGGUGACAAACAACAACCUGGAGAGGGCCAGGACAGACGUGAGUAUGGGGAAGCGGAGGGACUAGGACAGGCAAUGGGUGGCAGUCAGGGACAGGGAGAUGGACAGGCACUCGAUGAUGGCAGCGGGGAUCAGCCGAGUGAAGGACCCAGCACCAGUAGCGGCUCAAGUAACCAGAACACUGGCAGUUCCAGUGUAUCGACACCUUGCAGUGACGAUAGCUCCACAAGCGGCUGCAGUCAGAGCUCCGGGGAUCUCGGCCGCUAUCCUUCCACAAUCACACUCACUCCUGACAGCAACACCUCUGUCGGGGUUGAGAAUGGGCCCACACGACCCUGCACUCCAGUCGGAACUCCAGGCGCAGCCCCGGAACUCAUUCCCCUGUUUGAUGGCCGCACCGUCUUCAGGCAGUUCCACGAAGAUCGGAGCGAGUCUUCUUAUGACUUCAGGAGCCCGACGGAGGAGUCGCAGAAGGAGGAGGAUUCUCGACCAUCGACGUCGGCCCAUUCCGCAGCCCAAGCUCGCAUCAUCGCCGCCCGGGCCAAGCGUGAAAAGCUGAAGACAGCGAAGCGCGGAAGAUACUGGCCGAGGCCUGUGGCCGGACGUGGUCAACGUGGCGGUAGGGAACCGAGCAAGGUGCAGUCCAUCAAACAGAUGCAAGAACUUUUCGCGAAUCCUAAGCGCUGCGUUCAAUGGGGAUCGAGGGGGAUUUCAAAGAACAAGAAAUACAUAGGAAAAAACAAAAAGUACGCGGCUUUCUUUAGGUCCUAUGAGGACGAUGAUUUUGAAACGUACGAGAGCUUGGAAGAAAGUAGCGAAAUUGAGGAAAAAAAGGAAAGAACAAGGUGCAUAUUGUACCAUGAAAUGGAAGGGUACACAACUAUAGUAGAUGAAAAGAAGCAUAAGAAUGCCAUUGAUAAACAAAUUGAGGCCUUAAACAAGGCGCUAGAACCAGGACUGAUUCGCUUUUUGGAAUCGAGGAAAACACACGUCCAACUCUCGAAGGAUGCGAAGGAACUCCACUCGCUUUUUUAUCGGGACAAGAAACCAAAGGCAACAGAACGCGAAUCUCGGUGCAUUCUGCAGGCUCUCAUGCACACUAAGCCGACUCCAACACCAUUUCUUUGGAUUCUACCCAAAGUCCCAUCAGUAGAUAGCUUCGACCCGCUGGCGCAGAAUGAGUCCGAAGAGGUGGUAUCUCAGGAUCAGGCCGAUCACGUCCUGAAGCUUAGGAAACUCUUUAUAAACCAGGGACGCGUCAAGAAACAUCGGUUUGUGACUAGCUGGGUGACGCCCGAGGAUCCUCUGGAGGCAGCUGUUCUUCCCAAGCUAGAAUUUCGCUCGGGCGAUCAGGAUCAGGACGAGAAACUUGCAUUGGAUCCAAAGGAGAUGACUGAGGAAAGUGAAUACUUCGAGGAAGAAGAAAGCUAUGUCGAUGGCGUGCUUUUCAUGGGAUAUUCCGAAAACGAGUUUGAUCCAGAAUGCAGACUGCCAGUGUCGUUGAGCCUCGGGCGCGGCAACUUUGUGCCGGAUAUCUACUCCUCAACGGGCUUGAGGUGGCAACGCCGGGUCGAACGGGAUUGGCGUGGCAAUGAGGUUAUCCAUAAAUUGGAUCCAGACAUGUGUAAGCCAGUUGAGAUACCGAAAGCGGGAGACUUCCGAGCCCAUUUCCAGCUGGACGAAUUCUCGCUGUGGGCGCUCCUGUGUGUGGGGCAGAUGGAACCGCCUGGCCUAAAGGUGGUGAACCACGGGCGGGUUCGGCACUACAUGGAGCACUUCUACCGGUCGCGCCUCAUCACGGAUGGUCCCCACUUUCAAUGGUUCGUGAAUGAAGGAUUCCUUGUCAUUCAUUAUUUGCUGCAUGAGCAAUCGUACGAUGAGCUCGAUACUUUGUCGAACAAGACGCUGGAUAAGCUGGUGCUGAAGUUUAUCGAGAAGACGAACCAGCCGGGAGGGAAAAGGGUUAUUCUGACGGACGUGAAAGCCUAUUAUAUGGUGGUGACAUACUUUAAGGUUUUGUACAAUAGAGCUAUCGAUACGAUUCUUCCCAUGGAGGACAGAUUCCUGAUGCGUAGCCGGUUCACCGUAUUUUUAACGGAGACGUACUUCAAAGAGCGCGGACACCGCCCCAUCUGGAACGAACUCGACUGUACCGAGCUGCUGACGUGGAGCCUGAAGCACGAGGGUCGGGUGCAUGCCAUCAACGAUCACGUCAUGGGAUACGCGGCGGAACGAGCCGAUACCUUCAAAGAUGGCAUGAUGACGAUGCAGAUCCCGAACCUGCACGAGGUCCAGGAGUUCUACGAGCGUGGGAUUCUGCCACGGCCGGACCACCUGACCUUCAAUCCUUGCCCGGGGAGCAUCAGGCGCUAUACUUCGGAACGCAUGGACAACAAGAAGAUCUUUCUCUGUCCAAUUAGGGGCUGCAAAAUGGAGCUGGUCUCUACCACGCUGAUGGCACACUUCUUAAGCGACCACUGUCGCCGCAUCGAGGAGAUCUGGGCAAGGGAUCGGUUGGCUUUUUUUAUUCAUUCUCCCCUGUACCCGCCCGAACACCUAUACUGCCUCUGCAUCAUGGCCAUGAUGCCGAAAGGUAAGAGUGAGAUCCCAUUGCCGGAGCGGAUCAUCAACGCGGAGCUCCCUCCGCCCUAUUUGUACUUUGCGGGGCACGUUCCCCAUUUGCUGAUGUACUCCCCGGUGUCGAUAUCGAAGAAAGUUGAAAAUCGAAAGAAAAAGGAGGACGAGGACGAGACCACAGAUUCGGAGUUGCUGCUCCAUAUAUUCUGGGUGGCCUGCAACGAGAACGGUGUACACCCGGAUAUGUUAUGUGAGCUGUAUCUCUACUGUUCCGAUCGGAAUGUCAAGGGCAACCAUCGGGUCAAGCUUGUGCACCUGUCGCGGUUCAAAGGUCUCGAGGAUCUCGUCAACAGUCACCCGGAGUGCUAUCUGGCCAUCGACCAUCCCACAAUGGUUUCACUCACCAAGAACUUCAAGGAGCUGUUGAUUGUUGAGGUGAAUUAUAUAAGAAAGUGUGAUAUCGAUGAAGACGGCAAGUUGCGAUGUGAUUGGUACCAGUAGGAACCAUCUUGCUCCCUAUUGAGAUGACUAUAUAUAUAUAUAUA